CAUGCCGGAAGUUGACACAUGAAUGUCACCGGUCACAGCUGGGGCGAGUUUUUUUAUUUAUGCGCUUAGAAAAUGUGUAAAGUGUAUUUUAAAGCAGCUCAGUGUUUAUUACAACAAUAGUAUUGUUACGGUGCUACCUGACGUUACCUGACAGGAGCGUACGAAGUGCCGUAUAACCGAUAAUAGCGGUUAUUUACCUCGCAACAGAGGCAGCGUUUCUACCUUUCUUUAGUUUGAAGCGGGGCACAAAUGGCGAGAAGACUCGGCCGACUAUUCAAGGACGUUCAACGCCUCGUCUCCCUCUCAUCUGUAAACACUCCACUCAGCCACCCGGUCAUUCAGGCACCGGUCCACCGGUUCACCGGAGGGUCAGUCAGGACCAACUUCAUGAGAGCCUUAAAGGAGCUGCCAUCGGCCCUUUCCUCCAAGCCCCGGGACUUCAGCCUACCUAACUCCUCAUGGGGCCCAGAAAUGAUGCGACUGUACGAACACUAUAACAGCCAGUGUGAGAUGGAGACUGAGGGAGGAGAGAAACAGAAAGGGCCAUGGAAGAGACUACCAAGCUACAAUCGCAUCCUCAAGUUUGCUACAGGUGGAGUGUAUCUUAGUAAAAUAAUCCAGUCAAAAGCGCGUCUUUUUACCCGGAACAUCAGAGACCCGGGGGCAGCAUUUGAGUAUGUUUUGUUUGUUAACAGUGAGGAGCAGAAAUGUGUGUGCAUUUUCCAGGCUGGACACCUACUGGAGGGGCCACCAGGACAUGUCCACGGGGGGGCAAUAGCUACUAUGAUUGAUACUGUGACAGGGACUCACGCUACUGUACUCAGCGGACCUGUCAUGACUGCCAACCUCAACAUCAACUACCGCAGCCCAAUCCCACUGGGAAGCACAGUGUUGCUUGAAUCUUCUCUGGAUAAGAAGGAAGGCAGAAAAACCUUUAUUUCAUGUAAAGUGACCAACGCGGAUGGCUCGAAAGUGCACUCAGAAACAACAGCACUGUUCCUGUCAAUCAAUGUCAGCCACCUACUACUGGGAGGCUGACACACCAGCCUGCCACCUACCCAAACGCUGUCAAAAAACUGAUGCCAUAACGUGUGUUUGUGAGUGUGUGACCUGCGCCAUUGGUUUGGAGUAUUUUUUGGGGAAUGUGUACGUAUUCUUUGGGUUACUUAAGAGAGAACUUCUCCUAAUUUGACAUUGUUGACCUUUUUAGUUAUUCUAAUAUUCACGCAUCUCUGCUGGCCUUUGUUAAUCUUUACAAAGUGUACAGUUUCAUGAAGUACCUGUACUUGACUACCUCUUUUUUUGUAGUAUUACUAAAACAUCAACAGUACAUAUCUAAACAUUAUUUAUGGAGCUUAUUGUUUAAGGUAUUUAUUAACAAGAGUUACACUGUAUUUAUAAUACUGGGGCCUUUUUAGAAGUGAGGUUAUUGCUCAAAAUGUACUGUACAUAUACAGAAUAUUUUGUUUCCUCUAUUAAAGCCUUACUUUAAGGUAUAAA